AUGGAGGACGACAAUCUAAUUCUUCUCCUAAAUACCACUAAGUCAGACUCAGCGACUCCGAUCCAACAGAAACGUGAACCAUUAGUGGAAAUAGCGGAGAAUGACGAUCAAGAUUCAGUUGUCACAAUGACAUGUUUAAAUGAUCGUAUUCCGGCGGAGCCAUCGACCAAUACUAAACGUCAUUUCGAUGACAUUAAACUAGUUCGGCCAUCAUCUGCAACAAGUCAAGGUUCGCAUUCGAAACGGCAAGAAAAAGUGAUCGCUUAUGCACCGCAUUUGAAAUCAGGUGGAAAUCGAAAUUCAACCGAUAAUUUGAUUCAAUCAUCCAUCGAUAUUACUCUCUCAUCGAAUUCGUCUCGCGAUGAAUUGCAACAACGUCAGGUGUAUUACGGAAAACACCAGACAGCACCAGCGCAUCCUGAAGAAGAAGAAGAAGAAGAGCUCCCUAUCGUUACUAUUGUUGGCGUGGAAGACAAUGGAGAACAAGAAAAUGAUAAUCCAAUCGAUAUAAUUUCUCCUUUUGCUACACCAUAUACUUCAACACAACCAAUAGUUCCCGCACAAGCUCAUUCAACACCUGAUGUGCAAAUCUCACGUUUCGACAAGGAUCCUGCAACUUCGAAAGCUGCUUUCGCACGCUCUCAAUUAGCUAAACGUUUUUCCAUCAAUCGAGCCCAACAACGUCCGAUUCCUAUUCAAUCACUUUCACAAACUACUAACAAUGACUACGCAUCGGCAAAUGAUCAACAGCAAACGGCAACAUCUCUUGCUGCUACAGUAGCUGCUUCCGUGGCUGUAUCCGUUGCUCAACCAUUUCUUAAACUACAGAAUGAAUUUGAACAAAAAAUGAAUACUGUACUAGACCAAAUUCACCAACAGCAGCAGAAAUCUCACAAUAGUGGCGUCGUCGUUCCUGUAACAGCAAUACAACAACCGAAUGAUUCGAAUAAUCUACUUAAUGAUUGUGUUGAUACACGAAUGAAAUACAUGGAAAAGGUACAAGAGCAGCAACAGAAAAUGUUAAAACAGCUUGCCGAUCUUGUGCAAACAGCUGGACCAUCUGCGAAAUCACCUACUUUUGAAAAUACGACAUCUUUUUUGGAUUCUGAUUCGCCACAACGUCACUUUCUUGAUACACUUGUUGGAACAUCAUCGCCACCUGUUCGUCUAGCCAAAGCACACAAAAAACCUCACACUCAUAAGAAAACAAGUCGAUCGCCCUCGUCGCCAAGCAAGCGUCCUAGUCGUGUUACUGGUACUAAUACACGUGCAGGUAAAACACGAUCACCAGUCACGUUCAAAGAGCCACCGUCGAAUAAAAAAUUCAGCGUUGAAUCAUCUGCAGUUCCAUACGGAUGCUCAGUUUGUGAUCGAUCACGUUCACGUUCGCGUUCUCGGUCACCGUCGAAAGGCCUCUCGCCUGAUUCAUCUUACCCUCGACCUUUUGUUCCAGUUCCUCGACCGCCAUCAAUAAUGUCUGAUGGCUUUAUUCCGUCGUCCACUGCAUUGAUCACUGGCAACGCAUUGAACGAUGCAUAUCCACCAUUCGAUCGAUAUUUAAACAAUUCUAUUCCACCAUCACCACUGCAACCUCGACCAAUACGACCCACCAACAAUGACAAUGCCGAUUUACAUGAACGCAUCAGACACAUCGAUGAAGCUAAACAAUUACUAGAGGAAAAUUAUUUAACGUUACAAAGACGUAAACAUGAUGCCGCUGCUCUGGAAUCUAUAACAAAUGAUUCAUUACGUGUUCAACGUCUCGUUGAACAAUGCGUAAAGCAAGUUACGCGACAAGUGCGUGAAGAGGUCAAACAGAAACUUGAACAAGAAGAUGCGAAGAAUGAACAACAAAAGCCAAAAUCUACAACCAGAAUAAAGAAACGACCGACGUCCAAUACACAAUUAGCUUUUGAACGUCAUUCAACAUAUCGCACAGGACAACCAACAAAACCAGUUGAUGAUUCGUCAACACCAACUAAACCUUACAGUGAUGUCUUCAUGGAAGCAGUUUAUGGACGUUCGCUAUAUCAAAAAAUUAAACGAGAAGGUAAACAGCCAUAUUUCAAAUUAAAACAUCAAGCAACUCAACAGCCAAAACAGCCAAAGCAACUUGAACAAAUACCUGUUCGAGACACUGGUCUAAAACCUUCACCACGUGCAACUGCUCCUCGUAAAAUAGAGCAAACAAUACCGAUACACCAUCCACCGCCACCAGGACAGCCUAUUUACGAACCAGAAUACUAUACUCGUCCAGAUGGUGUAAUUCUUCUCGGUCCACCACAAAUCCGUGAUACGCGUACUUUUCAACCAACUUACAUAUCCUCAUCGGCAGUAGCACCGUCGAAAUUAACACCUCAUGCUUUACCUAGUGUCGAUGUUGAUGGAUCGAACAAGAAAGUUCGUUUUGGUCAAAAAUUUGAAGAAAUUAGGAGUGGUCCGGAUGAAAACGAGGAAGAGGAUGAUGGACAAGGUAUUGAGAUUCCCGGCUAUCAUAGAUCGCACGAUGAUGACCAACAAACAUAUGAUGGGCCGAGAUUUCCUCCAACAAUACCUCACGACGAAGGCUAUCGUGAUCGACAAUACGAUACAUUACAGUCAGGUGCAGUCGAUUGGCUCGAACAAGAAUUGAUUGCUCGUUUCAUGAGUCAAUUACAAAGUCAACAAACGACUGUACCUAUUCGACAACAUCGUGAUGUGAUCAGUGCACGUUCGUCAACAAGUUCAAGUAGCGAUGAUCGAAGUAUACACGAUCGUUUACUUGACUUACUUGGACAGGACGGUUUUCAAUUAUUCAUUGAUAUGGGACAACCCAUUGAUCAAGAUCUCAUUCAAGCGCUAACACGCGAAGUUCUUGAAGAACGUAUCGCACAAAUGAUUGGCUUUCGAUCACCAAGAGAAAGUAUUCAUGUUGUACAACCACCACCUGCCCCUCCUCCCCGCACAACAACACCGACGUCAACCAUACAACCGGUACACGUACCGGAUAAUUAUUAUCAAGGGCAGCAUUCCCAAUGGCCACAUGACACUAGUGUACCAACGCCGCAACCAACUCCACCACAAUCGCCACCGCCUCCGACACAACGGCCACGCGUUGUAACACCAGAAAUCACAGGUCAAGACAUUUCAUCAGAAAGUGAACCUACUACGCCACGUUCAGUAACACCACGUGAAGAUACGGACCGUCCACUACCAUCUGUGCUUCAUCACAGUAUCGGUACACCUGAUGCAAGCGAUAGUCCAUCUCCACCAUCAACUCCACAACCACCUAUCAUUCUACCACCUCGUGUACGAACACCGCCACCAGUUAUUGAAAAACGUGACAUAGGUACAAUGCCAAUCGCUGAACUAAUUACACCACCGCCACCACCCCCACCUGUUAUUAUUCAACCACCGCCGCCUCCUCCCCCUCCUCCUCCACCACCAAGACAACUUACGCCACCCAAGCCACGAACACCACCUUCACCAGUAUCCUCAACAUCUUCAUCGUCCUCGUCGACAGAAAGUUCAAGUAGUCUGUCAACGUUUUCGAUUCCAUAUUCACCAACAGAUAGUUCGUUGAGUGAUCAUCGAUGGUUCGAAGAACGAAGUGAAGGUCAAGUUGAUCUACCUUAUGGAGAUCGUCCACAAACAGAUCUGAUUAUGCGACAAGUACAACGCAUGCUAGAGCAAAGACGUCGAUACUCUUCAACGACACCUCUCGGUAUGAGUUCCGUGACACCUCCGUUUUCACCAGCUGGUGCUACUCAUACAUUAUCUAUUGGUGAAGUACCUCCUCAAUUUCCGAGCUCAGCUCCUUUUCAACAGCACGAAAAUGGACAUACAACACCGCCAGGAUCUGACGAAAGCAAUAAUUCGGGCAAAAGCGAAGGCGAAGUGACGUCUAGUAUGAUGAUGGUGCAUCAACAACCACAAUCGAUACAUAUCAAGUAUCGUAAACCAUCUCAGGGUUUUCUAGGUAAAAAGAACAAUCGAAAAUAA